AUGCAAUCUCCUUUUACUAAUUGUUCGAAACAUAGCGAAGAUCCUUUACCGGUCAAGAAUCGGAUCGGACGUCCAAUCGUGAUUCUUGGACAUUUUGGCAAUUGGACCUUGUCGAUCUUUGACGUCCAGU